GGGCCGGGGCGCUGGGAGCCAGGGCGCAGAGCGGGGUCGUGGCGCCGGCGGUGAGAAGAGCGAGGAGGAGGAGGAGGAGGGGGAGCCAUGGCGGGGCAGCAGUUCCAGUACGAUGACAGUGGGAACACCUUCUUCUACUUCCUCACCUCCUUCGUUGGGCUCAUCGUGAUCCCAGCCACAUACUACCUCUGGCCCCGAGACCAGAAUGCCGAGCAAAUUCGAUUAAAGAAUAUCAGAAAAGUAUAUGGAAGAUGUAUGUGGUAUCGUUUACGGUUGUUAAAACCCCAGCCAAAUAUUAUUCCUACAGUAAAGAAAAUAGUUCUACUAGCAGGAUGGGCAUUGUUCUUAUUCCUUACAUACAAAGUGUCCAAAACAGAUCGAGAAUAUCAAGAAUACAAUCCUUAUGAAGUAUUAAAUUUGGAUCCUGGAGCAACAGUAGCAGAAAUUAAGAAACAAUAUCGUUUGCUAUCACUUAAGUAUCAUCCAGAUAAAGGAGGCGAUGAAGUCAUGUUCAUGAGGAUAGCAAAAGCUUAUGCAGCUUUAACAGAUGAAGAGUCCCGAAAAAAUUGGGAAGAAUUUGGAAAUCCAGAUGGGCCUCAAGCCACAAGCUUUGGAAUUGCCCUGCCAGCUUGGAUAGUUGACCAGAAAAAUUCAAUUUUGGUUUUACUUGUAUAUGGAUUGGCAUUUAUGGUUAUACUUCCAGUUGUUGUGGGUUCUUGGUGGUAUCGUUCAAUACGAUAUAGUGGAGACCAGAUUUUAAUACGCACAACACAGAUUUAUACAUACUUUGUUUAUAAAACCCGAAAUAUGGAUAUGAAACGUCUCAUCAUGGUUUUGGCUGGAGCUUCUGAAUUUGAUCCCCAGUAUAAUAAAGAUGCUACAAGCAGACCAACAGAUAAUAUUCUAAUACCACAGCUGAUCAGAGAGAUUGGCAGCAUUAAUUUAAAGAAGAAUGAGCCUCCACUUACCUGCCCAUAUAGCCUGAAGGCCAGAGUUCUUUUACUGUCUCAUCUUGCUAGAAUGAAAAUUCCUGAGACCCUUGAAGAAGAUCAGCAAUUUAUGCUGAAAAAAUGCCCUGCUUUGCUUCAAGAAAUGGUUAAUGUAAUCUGCCAACUAAUAAUAAUGGCCCGGAGCCGUGAAGAAAGGGAGUUUCGUGCUCCAACUUUGGCAUCCUUAGAAAACUGCAUGAAGCUUUCCCAGAUGGCUGUUCAAGGCCUUCAACAAUUUAAAUCUCCUCUUCUGCAGCUCCCUCACAUUGAAGAGGACAAUCUUAGAAGAGUUUCUAAUCAUAAAAAGUAUAAAAUUAAAACUAUACAGGAUUUGGUGAGUUUAAAAGAAUCAGAUCGUCACAGUCUACUACACUUUCUUGAAGAUGAAAAAUAUGAAGAGGUCAUGGCUGUCCUUGGGAGUUUUCCCUUUGUGACAAUGGAUAUAAAAUCACAGGUAUUGGAUGAUGAAGAUAGCAACAACAUCACAGUAGGAUCUCUAGUCACAGUGUUGGUUAAAUUGACAAGGCAAACAAUGGCAGAAGUAUUUGAAAAGGAACAGUCCAUCUGUGUUGCAGAGGAACAGCCUGCAGAAGAACAGCCUGGGCAGCAGCAGGGUGAUGCUAAUAAGAACAAGACAAAAGGAGGAUGGCAGCAAAAGACGAAAGGACCCAAGAAAAUGGCUAAAUCAAAAAAAAAGAAGCCUUUAAAAAAAAAGCCUACACCUGUUCCUGUUCCAUUAUCACAGACAAAGCAACAGAAACAAAAGCAGGCAAAUGGAGUCGUUGGGAGUGAAGGUGGAGUGAAGGAGGAUGAAGAAGAAGUUUCUGACAAAGGCAGUGAUUCUGAAGAAGAAGAAACCAAUAGAGAUUCCCAGAGUGAGAAAGAUGAUGGUAGUGACAGAGAAUCUGAUAGAGAGCAGGAUGAAAAACAAAACAAAGAUGAUGAAGCAGAGUGGCAAGAAUUACAACAGAGUAUACAGCGAAAGGAAAGAGCCCUACUGGAAACCAAAUCAAAAAUAACACAUCCUGUGUACAGUCUUUACUUUCCUGAGGAAAAACAAGAAUGGUGGUGGCUUUAUAUUGCAGAUAGGAAGGAACAGACGUUAAUUUCUAUGCCAUAUCAUGUUUGUACACUAAAAGAUACAGAAGAGGUAGAAUUGAAGUUUCCUGCACCAGGAAAGCCUGGGAAUUAUCAGUACACAGUGUUUCUGAGGUCAGACUCCUAUAUGGGUUUGGAUCAAAUUAAACCAUUGAAGUUGGAAGUUCAUGAGGCUAAGCCUGUGCCAGAAAAUCACCCGCAGUGGGACACAGCAAUAGAGGGGGAUGAAGACCAGGAAGACAGCGAGGGCUUUGAAGAUAGCUUUGAGGAAGAAGAAGAGGAAGAGGAAGAUGAUGACUAAUCAGUACUAUGAGUGGACCAGAGUGUUUGCACAUAUUUGCAAACUUUUGCUGUUUGGAAGUGUAUAAUAAACCAGAAACAGUGCAGAACCAAUAUUGAAGGAAGUGUUAGUUUCUUUACUAGAAAUGGUUGCAUAAAAUAACUAGGCAAUUGGUGGUGCCUUGGUAUAAUCUGGGGGAAAAAAAAAAAAGUUUAGGACAUUUAGGGCUUAUUAAAGUCUUUCAAGUAUGGGAUGGUGCAUUUAUUUCAUCUGCAAAUUAUAAUAAAUCCUUUGUUAUUAUAACUGUCCAAAGUGUGGGCUAUGUAUUAUCUGAUCAAUUUAUGGUCCCAGUAAAAGUCAAGGUACAUGAAAAUUUAUAAAUGAGCAACUUUUCUUUGUUCAGCUUUAGUUUUAGUAUGAUAAACAUCACAUAUGUUUUAAGUAACAUCUCAAAUUUUGCCUUGAUAAGCUCUGUUACUCAAUUUAUUGAUAUUUUGCAGGUGAUGAGACUAUAAUAGCUCCUUACGUGGAUUUAAGCCUUUUAUUUUCAUCUUUCUUGGUCAUAAGUUGGUAUUCUCUCACAUUCCACAUAAUAUAGAGGGCUACAUUUUGGGAUUUUGUUUUCUUAAUUGCCCAGCGUUAUUCGAGAGAUUAUAAAGAUGGCUUUUAAUGGCUUAAAACAUUUUUAAGCCUCUAUCUUAGUAGAUCAGGGCAGGAUCUAAUUCUUUUGAUAAGCUAGCUAUAGGUCUAAAAGUAAUUGUGGGACCAUAUGUUCUCUGAUGUUGGUGGUUUAUGUUAUCAAUAUCAAACCUUUUUUAAAAGGUUCACUAUAAAAGCUGAACUACAUUCUUAGCUUUUAAUCUACCUGACUCUAUCAGAAGCCUUUUAAGGAAAAUAGUAUAAUAUGCAAAGGAGGGAUCUUUUUGUAUUCAUUUUGGACUCCUGUUAAUAAAAUAGAAGUUUGACUCA